AUGACAGCAAAUCCAGAAUCGGCUCUUGAAAAGGCUACGGGAUCAGAAGGUAGUACUCUCGAAGAACAUGGUAACCGGCCUGAUCAAACAGUAGAGCAAGAAUCGAAACGCAACAUUGUUGAUUGGGAUGGGCCAAACGACGCUCAAAAUCCAAUGAACUGGCCGAGAUGGAAACGCAUGAUCCAGGUUAUUCUUGCUAGUUCUUUCUUGCUUACGGCCAAUCUUGCAGCGACAAUGUUUGCACCUGGAGCAGCCGCUCUUGCUGAGGAGUUCCAUAUCACCAGUGUUACGGUUGUCACACUCGCCGUGUCUAUAUAUCUCUGUGGUUUUGCCAUUGGUCCCAUGGUUAUUGCACCGCUAUCCGAACUAUACGGACGUCUCAUCAUCUACCAUACCUGCUACGUGUUCUAUAUUGGCUUCAUCAUAGGCUGUGCUCUUAGUACAACCACUGGGAUGUUUCUCACUUUUCGCUUUCUUGCUGGCUGUGCUUCCUCAGGCCCAUUGACAGUCGGUGGGGGAACUGUCGCUGACGUUGUCCCUCCAGCUCAGCGCGGCAGGGCAAUGUCUCUAUUUCUUGUUGGGCCACUUUUGGGACCAGUCAUGGGCCCAAUUAUUGGAGGCUUUGUGUCUCAAUCCAUUGGUUGGCGAUGGACGUUUUGGAUCAUCACAAUUUUGGCAGUAGUAUCAUUCCUUGUAUCAAUGGUAUUCAUGCGUGAGACCAAUGCCGCUGUACUACUAGCACGGAAAGCCGCCCGUCUCAGGAAGGAAACCGGGAACACUGCUCUGGUUUCUAAAAUGGAUCGGGGACUGGCUCCUCGACAGCUCUUCCUGCGCGCCAUUGUUCGACCAACGAAGCUUCUGUUUCUUUCUCCCAUCGUACUUCUUCUCUCUCUCUUGUGCGCCUUCGUCUUUGGGCUCAACUUCUUAUUGUUUACAACAUUUCCGACUGUGUUCAAAGAGCAAUAUCACUUCUCUGCUGGCAUGUCUGGGUUAGCAUAUCUUGGCAUCGGUAUUGGAAUGACUUCCUCUCUCGCAACAUUUGCCACUGUGAGUGAUAGGCUUCAUAUGAGGCUUGGAGAUUCACCUAAACCUGAAGAACGACUUAAACCAAUGAUGUGGGCAAUGCCGGUGGUGCCUAUUGGUAUCUUCUGGUAUGGUUGGGCUGUCGAGACGCAGGUACAUUGGAUAGUACCUAUCCUGGGCACUUUCUUUUUUGGGUUCAGUAUCCUGUGGAUCUUGAUGCCUAUUCAGGUCUACUCAGUAGAGGCGUUUGGCCCCGAAGCUGCAGCAUCUGCUUUGGCAGCGAAUGUGGUUGUUCGGCUUCUUUUUGCUGCAUUUCUUCCAUUAGCAGGGCCAUCUCUAUAUGAUAAUUUAGGACUGGGCUGGGGGAACAGUGUGCUGGGAUUCAUGGCUUUGGCUUUUGUUCCCGCCCCCAUGUUGAUUUACCGCUAUGGGGGAUGGCUCCGGGAACGUUUUGCUGUAGACUUAUAA